AUGUUGCGCCGCAGACGACUACGGCUGUUGAUUGCCUUGAUUCUGGUUCUGGUUGGGUAUUUCUACUUUUGGACAUCUUUCCUCGAGCGCUAUCGACGAUCAUCGUUUGGCGGCGGAAGCAAGUUUGUAAUCAUUCUUGAAUCCAAUGUGGAGGGUGGCGUGAUGGAAUUGAAGGGCGCCCGUGAGUGGGCGGUGGAGCGCAACAGCAUUCGAAAUAAGCAAGAAUAUGCGAAACAGUGGGGAUACGAGCUGGAAGUAGUGAACAUGUUGGCGAAGAAGCGGUAUUCGCAUGAAUGGCGCGAAAGCUGGGAGAAGGUCGACAUUAUCCGCGAGACCAUGCGCAAGUAUCCCCACGCGGAAUGGUUCUGGUGGGUGGACCUAAAUACGUGGAUCGUAGAGUCAUCCUAUUCCCUGCAAGACCACAUUUUCAACCGUCUGGGCGACAUCUCGUACCGGGAUAUCAAUGUCUACAAUCCGUUGAACAUCAGCCACCCGCCGACGGGGGCGUAUCUUGAUGACGUUUCACGCUCACCGGUGGGCGAUGGAGACCCAUCAUCGAUCCAGAUGGUGCUGUCGCAAGACUGCAGUGGUUUCAGCUUGGGUUCCUUCUUCAUGCGACGAUCAGUGUGGUCGGAGCGUCUACUAGACAUCUGGUGGGAUCCCGUCAUGUAUGAACAGAAACAUAUGGAGUGGGAGCACAAGGAACAGGAUGCCCUGGAAUACUUGUAUACCAAUGAGCCGUGGAUCCGCAGCCACGUUGGAUUCCUACCUCAGCGGUAUAUGAAUUCGUAUCCGCCUGGCGCCUGUGGAGACGGGGGUGAUCCAGAUAUUCACUUUGUUGAAGGCGCAGGUGACUUUAUGGUGAAUCUUGCCGGCUGUGGCUAUGGCCGCGACUGCUGGUCAGAGCUGUGGGAGUAUCGCCGCAUCAGCCAGGCGAUCAACCGGCCAUGGCGGGAGCGCGUAGAAGACAAGGCGACAGAACUCUACGAGAAGUUCUUUGGGCGGCAAGAUAAUUCGCCGCAAUCAUAA